AUGAUGUUUAUUUUUCGACUGUUAUAUUUAUCUUUAGCUGUUUGGACAUUACCCAACUCAGGAAUCUACGCAAAACAAUAUUAUGACGAUCUCGAAUACGAUAGGGUGGAUAUAAGGCUUGUUGAACCAUCUGGGAGAGUUGAAAGAUCUCAAGAAUUGCCGUAUAAAAUGACUUUUCACUUGCUUUCUGAGAAAACCAAUGUCCAUGUGAGAUUAAAAAGGGCCCCUAAGAUAAACAUACCAACCUACGUUAGCAGUGGCGGUAAAAUACAACAGACCUACAUAGCUGACUACCAGACGUCGGGUGUAUAUGUUAAUGUACAGAUGGGAAAUGUUAUGAUGGUUACGGAUAGAGGUGGAUAUUAUGAUCUAUCAUCUAAACCUGAACAAACUAGUAGUCAAGGAGCCAUCAGAUACGGUGGAUUCGUCCUUUAG